AUGCUGGCGCGCGAGGGUCAUCUUGGUAUAUUGCAGAACAUUCAACAUGGCGGCGAAGGCAUGCUUCGAGCUGUAGCGACUUUGAGAUCAAUUUUUUUGACAGUCAUGGUAAAUCUUACAACUGUUGCUCGGGCGAGGAAACCUACUAUUAUUUAUGGAUUCAAAAGAGGCAAGGUUCCGGCGAAACUUCGUCCAAAUAUACUUCCCAAACCUCAAGUACCUGGAGGUAUACUUAAGUUGCACAAAGUCAAGCGAUGACGAUCUUUUUGAGCUGUUUGGAAAUUUUUUCACUCUACUAGUGAUAAUAAUUUUCAUCAUUUGAUAUUUUUAUGUUUUAGAGGGAAGUUGUAUGAAUGAGAUGUACAAGCUUAUGGCAUGCUGGAAAAGCAACGGAUUUAUCGACACCCACUGCCAAGAAGAAAUCAAUUUAUUUCUCGACUGUGCUUCUAAUCAGGUA